GGAAGUCACGGCGUCGACAGUCGAGCCGCGAUGACCACCUUCUCGAUGCUUCAUGAAGCGUGAUGUGAGCUGAAGAUCGGCCACGCAGUGCCGUCUGCAGCACCACCGGAGAUGAUCGGGGCCUCGCAAGGCUGCACUGCUCUUGGAUUGCCCAUAAAAAGCAGCACGCACCCACAACUGGAGGUUAUUUAGAGCGCCUGUAGUUGUUGCCACUUAGUUCCGAUUCGAGCAUAAUUCGCCACCUUCAUGUGUCGUCAGCCUCGAAACUCAGAUCAAAGCCGAGCACAAUUCCGGAAUAUAUUUGCGUUGGGGUGGAGGAGCGAUCGAUUACGCCGGCAGGUUCUUCUGAGAUUGUCCGAGCGCUUUCGGCUGAGGUUCCGACCUGAGAAUCGGGGUACUUGGAGAGGACGUGGAGGCUGUGGGUCCGAGUGAUCGUUGCGUCGUCGGAUGCUCAGUGGCGAGAGGUGGUGCACGAUGAAUCGAUACUUCGGAAGUCGGGUUGCGUAGUUUCGAGCUGUGUAGAUUCGAUACGAGAACAGCGAGAUUUGGGACUUGACUGAUUGGUGAAGCAGCCGCCAUGGGGACCAUCACUCGGUUGAGCAAGAUUUAUGGAGGCUCGUUCUUGUCUUUGGUAUCCUUAUGUUACUUCUUGCAGUCCUUCAGAAGUUUUCCCUGGAUGGCCAUGACUUUCUGGUACAAGGACAACUUGAAGGUCGACCCUGGUACAAUGCAAUUUUUGAUGUCCACAACUAUGCUUCCCAUGGUUGCCAAGCCUGUCUAUGGCAUUAUUUCCGAUUCUGUGUAUAUUAAGGGCGCACAUCGUAUACCCUAUCUAGUUCUUGCAGGAGGGCUUCAAUUGUUUGCUUGGACUGCAAUAGCCUUGUUCUCGGGAGUGUCAUCAGCAGCUAGUAUGCUGACAGCAUUUCUUACAAUUACCAAUUUAGGAGGUGCCAUAUCGGAGGUUGUGCAGGAUGCAAUGGUUGCUGAAGCUGGCAAGAACAAAGCGGGUGCUCAGCCAGAUCUUUAUUUCUCUUCUCACAAUCCGAUCCUUUUGACUCUCCAUGUAAGCGAACGUUCCUUUGGCUUAGGAUCUGUGAGAGACACUGACGACAAUCCAGAACUUAAACAAUUCCAAGGCCGGAAAGACGUAGGCUCAGCAAUGUGGGAUCAGAUGGCCAAGCUGAAAGAGGCCCUCCAGAAGCCUGCUCUCCAUAGACCCCUCCUCUGGUUCCUCUCAUCUUUCGCUCUCAUACCAGGCCUUGGAAGCUCAAUGUUCUUCUUCCAAACCGAAUAUCUAGGUUUGAAUGCUUCAGUUUUAGGGCUUGCCAGGCUGGUUGGUCAAGUGGGUUUAAUCUUUGGCAGCAUGCUUUACAACAAGGCUCUCAAGGGGGUGCCCGUUCGGCGACUGUUUGUAUAUGUUCAGAUUCUACUUUCUCUUUGCAUGCUCACCGAUGUAGUCUUUGUGAAGCGGAUCAAUUUGGAACUGGGCAUUCCGGAUAAGUGGUUUGUACUCGGAGCGUCAGCAUUUGUGGAAGCCAUAGGACAGUUUAAGAGCCUUCCAUUCAUGGUGCUGUUGGCACAGCUCUGUCCUUCCGGCAGUGAAGCUUCUGUGUUUUCGUUUUUCUCCGCCGCAUCGUGUUUGGCAGGACUCCUAAAUGGAUACCUCGGUGUUGUACUAUCGUCACAGCUCAACAUUUCUGCGAAGGAUUUCUCGGGGUUGCCAACGGGUAUCUUGAUCAGUGCCUCCUGUGCCCUGCUGCCUAUCCUCUGGAUAGGAUUGAUACCUGAGGAGGGUAAAUCCGCCAAGGAGACUCGGACAAAUUCAGUCGAGGCAAAGAAAGCUCUUUAAUCCCUUUACAGAUUAUGGCUGUGCUGCCUGGAAAGAUAUAAAUUAGUGCUGCACCCAUUGACGAGAUCAUGGUAGUUGCGAAGCCAAAACUUGAAGGUCCACUUUCGUAUGUUUAUGAUGUGUUUUAGAAUGCUGCCAAUCAGGAGCUUUGGAGAUUUUAGAUUGCUUGCACUGAAGUAAUUUUUUCUCUACACGUCUUGUGCACACACCAGCUCGACUCAACGAUUACUAUGUAAAUAGGUGCUCUGGUGGAUAUUCUUGCUGAUCAUUGAGGAAACAUGCCCAAUGCAUCUGUUCAGUAAAACUUGCUUUUGAACCUCUGUGUGGGUUCGAUCCAUGGAUAGAAUAGUUGUUCCGUGAUUAUAUAAAGUUUGUACUCCAGUUUCUUUACUGUUAC